UCCCCAAAGGUAACGGAAACGUGCAAAGGUUUCUUCGGACCAGACGGAGAUUGGCCCUUGAGUGCAAAGGCAGAACGAUUGUUAGGGCGUCUUGAAGUUUCUAGAGCUUUUGGAGAUCGCCAGUUUAAAAAGGUAGGCCUUGUUGCAAGCCCGGAUGUCUAUACUUUUGAAGUUACAGAUACUGAGCAUUUCAUCAUUCUUGGCUAUGAUGGCUUGUGGGGGGUAUUUGGUCCCAGUGAUGCUUUUGAUUUUGUUCAGAAGUUAUUGGAUGAGGGGCUACCUGUUGCCACCGUGUGCCGUCCUCUUGUAAGGGAGGUUGUCCGUGAGCGUCGCUGUAAAGAUAACUGCACUGCCAUUAUUGUUGUAUUUAAGCACAAAUAAUCCAUGGCACGAUCCCCAUGUGUUGUACCAGCUACUAUGGAUUUUGUUCUCGGAUGCUGCUUUCAAAAGCAAUGUAAAAUAUAUGAAUUUCUUCCCACUGCAAACAAAUGGUGGCGCUAAAUUCAUACCAACUAGUUUCUCACUCUUGAAACUUGUUGUUAUUGUAAUGCAUGUUGAAGUGUAGUGAAGACCAAUUUGUUGCAAAAGCAUCUUUGA